AUGAGGGGCCUCGAGGAGCACAGCGUGGCCUGGUCCUCGUCCCCUGGGCUGCCAGCGACGUUCCACCGCGGCGAUUACACGGUGGAGGUGAGCAUCAACGACUACCUGGACAUCUACUGCCCGCACUACGAGGAGCCCCUGCCCGAGCGCAUGGAGAGGUACAUCCUCUACAUGGUCAACUACGAGGGCCACGCGUCCUGCGACCACCGGCAGCGCGGCUUCAAGCGCUGGGAGUGCAACCGCCCCGAUUCCCCCAACGGGCCCCUCAAGUUUUCCGAGAAAUUCCAGCUCUUCACGCCCUUCUCGCUGGGCUUUGAGUUCCGACCCGGCCACGAGUAUUACUACAUCUUGUUCCUGUCCCUGUCCCUGCCCUGCCCUGAGCGGGUGCACCCCCGGCUGAUCCCCCUGGACAAUGUCACCUCUGCCACACGGGGACGGGAUCCAAUGCUCCCUAACCCCAUUAAAAGGGCAGGAACCGGGGUGCCCCGUGCCCUCACCCACCCUGGGGAUGUCCCGGGGAUAGCAGCAUCACUUUUGGGGAAGCCAGGAUUUUGGGGAAGGAUCAACACCCAGCUCAUCUCCGCGGGAAUGCCGCCGGAUCCCAACCCCACCGCACCUCUGCAUCCAKCCCGGCUCACACCUCCCUCUCCUCCUCCUUUUCCCGCAGACGAUUCCCUGUACGAAUCCCCGGAGCCCAUUUUCACCAGCAACAACUCGUGCUGCAGCCUCAGGGUGCCGCCGGCGGCGCUGGCGGUGGUGCCGGUGGUCUGGACGCUCCUGCUCUCGUAGCACCGACACCGACACCGGGAGCGGCCCGGGCGCGGAUCCCGCUCGCCCCGAACGGCCGGGAUGGUGCCCAGGGAGGGUCGGUGCUGCCGGCGAGGAUCCUGUCGCCGCUGCCGCUGUCUGAAGUCGCCGCCGUGGCACGGCCGUCCCGCCGGGAGCGGUGCCGGGCUCAGCCGAGGGAUGGAUCCCGAUUUCCAUCCCGGUCCCGCAGCUCCGGCUGUCCCGGUGGGGCGUCGCUUUUUACAUUUCUAGACCAAAUACAGAGUCCUCGUCCGUUUGUUUUUUUUGGUUUUUUUUCCCUUUGCUUUAUUUUAAUUUUUUUUUUAAAGAAAAAAAAAAGAUUUUUAUUUUUAUUUCUUGAAUUGUUCCUGUCGGGGUCCCCCCCCGGUGCCAGACUGACCCGCACAGACCGGGCUUGGCCGCCCCACUGAACCCUCAUUGUCCCUGGCCACGGGCAGAGCCACCGGGACCACCGGACACAGCGAUGGUGCCACCGGCUCCGUGGGCACGGACUCCUUCCCAGCCUGGCUGCAGGACGUCACGGAGCCGGACCUGCCACCCCCGGCCACCCCCGGCCACCCCCGGCCACCCCUGCCCCGGGCACGGCGGGUCUGGAUGGACACAGCCCCCGCUGAGCACCCGGGGGUCACCCCAGACCCUCCGCCCGUACCGUGGGUGUCACCACCGUCCCCAUGGAUGUCACCACUGUCCCCAUGGGACACCGGGGAGGCUCCGUGGGGAGCAAAGGAAACUGGAUGGAGCUGAAAGGAGCACCGGGGACAGCUGGCACGGGGACACUGGGAUGGUCAGUGUGGAGAG